CCCGCUCCUGGCCGUGCUGGUGCCCGGGCUCGCCGCGGCCCUCCGGCCGGCCCUGAGGACCCUGGGCAGCCUGCACGCAGCCGGCCGCGCGUCCGGCCCCGCCGGGGUGCGGGACUACUCGGUGCUUUACUUCCCGCAGAAGGUUGAUCAUUUUGGAUUUAAUAACCCCAGAACCUUUAAGCAGCGUUACUUAAUAUCUGAUAAGCACUGGGAGAAAGAUGGUGGCUCAAUCCUUUUCUACACUGGUAACGAAGGGGACAUUGUCUGGUUUUGCAAUAAUACGGGGUUCAUGUGGGACGUGGCCGAGGAGCUGAAAGCCAUGUUGGUGUUUGCUGAGCAUCGGUACUAUGGAGAGUCCCUCCCCUUUGGGGCCGACUCGUUCAAGGAUUCCAGGCACUUGAAUUUUCUGACAUCAGAACAGGCUCUGGCGGAUUUUGCAGAGUUAAUCAAACACUUGAGAAGAACAAUCCCGGGAGUGGAAGAUCAGCCUGUCAUUGCCAUAGGGGGCUCCUACGGUGGAAUGCUUGCUGCCUGGUUCAGGAUGAAAUAUCCUCAUGCGGUGGUUGGAGCUCUUGCCGCUUCCGCUCCUAUCUGGCAGUUUGAGGAUUUGGUUCCUUGUGACACGUUUAUGAAGAUUGUCACGACAGAUUUCAGGAGAAGUGGUCCGAAUUGUGCAGAGAGCAUCCGCAGAUCCUGGGACGCCAUCAACCGCCUCUCGGUUGCCGGGAGUGGCCUCCAGUGGCUGACUCAGACCCUGCACUUGUGCGACCCCUUAACUUUGGAAGACAUUCCGCGUUUCAAAGAGUGGAUUUCUGAAACGUGGGUGAAUCUGGCCAUGAUGGAUUACCCGUACGAGUCUAGCUUUAUGCAGCCUCUGCCUGCAUGGCCUAUCAAGGUCGUGUGCCAGUAUUUGAAAAAUCCUAACGUAUCUGAUUUGCUGCUGCUGCAGAAUAUUUUCCAAGCUCUGAAUGUGUAUUAUAAUUAUUCGGGCCAGGCAAAAUGCCUGAAUAUUUCGGAAACGGCAACCAGCAAUCUGGGAAUCCUGGGCUGGAGCUAUCAGGCCUGCACAGAGAUGGUCAUGCCCUUUUGUGCUAAUGGCAUCGAUGACAUGUUUGAACCUUUCCUGUGGAACUUGAAGCAGUUUUCUGAUGAGUGUUUCAGUCAGUGGGGUGUGAGACCAAGGCCGUCCUGGAUCAUUACUCAGUACGGAGGAAAAAACAUCAGUUCACACUCGAACAUUGUUUUCAGCAAUGGUGACCUGGACCCCUGGUCUGGAGGUGGAGUGACCAAGGACAUCUCAGCCACGCUGGUGGCCAUCACCAUCGCGGAGGGGGCCCAUCAUUUGGAUCUUCGGGCCAACAGUGCCUACGACCCUGCAUCCGUGCUGCGAGCCCGCUCCUUGGAAGUCCAACACAUGAAACAGUGGAUCCGAGACUUCCAUUCCCACGCCAGAAGGCAGCGCUGAACAGCCUGGACCAUUUUCAGUUUCUUUCCUAUUCCUUCUAUUCCCUUUCUCAUUCACUUGGAUUUUCUACAUGUAAUUACUUUUGCUUGCUUGUUAUUAGAUUUGGGGGAGCCGAGGUUGGGGUGGAAGGGGAGGGUUAGAAUUGCGAACAGCCUCGCACCACUGUGAAUGCCCGGGCCCGGCUCCUUUGUGCUUCCUCCAGGACAAAAGCGGUCAUGGCACUGCCAGCACCACCAGUGGCCCUCACGCUGAGCUCCUGACAUGGAGCUCCCGAUGCCUUUCACCCAGACUCGCUUCCUUUGCUUCUCUACACGAAGGGACUUCUCCGUGUUGAGGCUGAAAUCGCUUUGGCCCGUUUAUAGAACCCCCCUCUCCAAAGGAAAAACAGAAGACAGAUGAGAAAUGAUGUAAUUGCAGCUGGUAGGAAGGAUGUCUGGUGCCAGUCCAGGAACUGGGGCCCAUUUCUUUUAUACUUGAUUUAAUGACUUUGAACUGUGCUGUAAAUAAAGAUUAAGGCUGGAUCGUGUACCUGCGUGUCGCCUCUGAGGCUCACUCCAGCUGUGGGGGUGCAGGGUGCUGCAGGCUUGGCUGCUUUUGGCAAGACCUUUCAUUUUCUCUUUGUCAUCUGGCAACUUUCCUUAGUCCUGGGAUAUCUGCCACUGUGGUGCAGCCAGUAAGAAAGCCAGCCUUUUCCUGCUCCGUUUGUCUUUGUUUUGAAGGUCAGUCUUGUGGUAAUUUGGUUAAAUUCUUGCCAGUUUAGGAAAAUGACUCUGUUUUGCCUUUCACUUGAAAUCAGAACAAGUUCUGUGCUGUGGUCACUGAUGGUGCUUCCAGAAAAAGCUUUCCAAGCUUGUGAAUGAGUACAAGCUCCUUAGUACUCCUUAAGGAGAAAGUAGUUGAGGGUAGCUUUUUUUUUUUUU